UCUGGGAGCAUGGGCUCCCCAGGGGCCGUGGUGGGCUGGGGGCUUUUGGAUUACAAAACAGAAAAGUAUGUGAGGACCCGGAACUGGCGGGUGGGCGCCUUGCAGAGGUUGCUGCAGCUGGGGGUCGUGGUCUACGUGGUGGGGUGGGCCCUCCUCGUCAAAAAAGGCUACCAGGAGCAGGACCUGGACCCCCAGAUUUCUGUCAUCACCAAACUCAAAGGGGUUUCCGUAACCCAGAUCAAGGAGCUGGGGAACCGGCUGUGGGAUGUGGCUGACUUCGUGAAGCCACCACAGGGAGAGAACGUGUUCUUCUUGGUGACCAAUUUCCUUGUGACGCCAGAACAAGUUCAGGGCAGAUGCCCAGAGCACCCCUCCAUCCCGCUGGCUAGCUGCUGGGCCGCCCAGGACUGUCCUGAAGGGGAGAGAGGGACCCACAGCCACGGCAUAAAAACGGGCCAGUGCGUAGUGUUCAACGGGACCCACAAGACCUGUGAGAUCAGGGGCUGGUGCCCAGUGGAGAGUGGUGCUGUGCCUGUGAAGCCCCUGCUGGUCCAGGCCGAGAACUUCACGCUGUUCAUCAAAAACACCGUCACCUUCAGCAAGUUUAACUUCUCCAAGUCCAAUGCCUUGGACACCCAGGACCCAACAUAUUUCAAGCGCUGCCGCUAGGACCCACGCUCCAGCCCCUCCUGCCCUGUGUUCCGCAUCAGGGACCUCAUGGCUGCAGCUGGAGGGGUCUUUGAGGACCUGGCGCUGCUGGGCGGUGCCAUGGGCGUCCACGUCCACUGGAACUGCGACCUGGACACCAGGGCCUCUGACUGCUGGCCCCACUACUCCUUCCAGCUGCAGGAGCGGAGCUACAACUUCAGGACGGCCACUCACUGGUGGGAGGCCUCGGGUGUGGAGGCCCGGAGUCUGCUAAAGCUCUACGGGAUCCGUUUUGACAUCCUCGUCACUGGGCGGGCAGGGAAGUUCGGGCUCAUCCCCACACUCAUCACUCUGGGCACAGGAGCAGCUUGGCUGGGCGUGAUCACCUUCCUCUGUGACCUGCUGCUGUUGUACGUGGAUGGAGAAGCUCAUUUCUACUGGAGGACCAAGUAUGAGGAGGCAAAAGCUCCAAAGGUGACCGCCAGCCCUGAGCAGACAAAACCGGCAUCUGCACCCCUGCACCUGGCUGCCCAGGAUCCUUAG